AUGAUACUUAAACGUAUAUUCGCAUGUUCUUUUUCGUAUUCGAUACAAUCUCGGCAUUUAUUUUUAGCGCGUGAUUACUUGAAAUUCGCAUCUUGUUAUCAAAGUAUACGUAAACGACCAUUCCACUCGACACCCAUACAACGAGCAAACAUAAAAUCCAAACCAGAUUGCCAAAAACAAGAAGGAUCAAAGUCCGAUCCAAUAUCUGGAGUCGAGACAUCAUCGCUUCUACAUUCCGAGCAAGAAUAUCAGGCUGCUACCGAUGAUUUAGUCGACCAAAACGAUGAAAAGCUGUUGGCUGAUACAAUGCCGAAAGUGGCAAAAGGGUUGAAUAACCAACAGCAGCAACCAAUACUACUACAAUCGUCUCUAUCUGAAGAUACUGACGGUGAAUUUAAAGAUGAAAAAGAGAAACCUUCGGAUUUCGAGAAAUAUGUUUUGUUGGAUAAUAAGAAAAUUAAAGUUAAAGUUAUUAUUCGUCAGGUGAUGAAAGACUUUGGUAAGUUUGAAGGAGAUACGGGGAGUCCUGAAGUUCAAGUCGCUGUCUUGACAGUUCGUAUUCUCAAGCUUCACCAACACAUCAAAAAAGUCCGAAAAGACAAUCUCAGAUACCGACGACUAUUAAAGAUGGUACAAAAAAGACAGAACGUGCUCAAAUAUUUGAAGGAGGAAGAUUCGGAUCGUUAUCUUACUUGUUUGAAAAGGUUGGGAUUAGAUCAGAAAAUUAUUGAAGGGCAAAUUGUUAUGUAA